GAGUUAUCACUAUGUCCAAAAGAGGAACACGUUCAGAACUAGAUGCCCUUUAAAUUUUCCAAGAUUCCAUCUCAUCAAGCAUUUUCCUCCCAAUAAGUGGGAACCACAAAGCUUUAGCUUUUCUAUAUAUAAUCAGAGAACCCUUUUCUUUGCUCUACAAAUUCAUCAAGCUCUCAAACUUCACCUAUGGAAGGUUAUCUUAUGCCUGCACUACUAUUAGCUCUGCAUAUUCUCCAAUUAUUCAAUCACAUAAACCCCUGCACAGCCACUGGCAAAACAAACACUCAAUACAUAAAAAGAUCAUGCAGUGUCACAAUUUAUCCUAGAUUGUGCUACCACAGCCUCUCAAUCUAUGCCGGAAAGAUCAAGACCGACCCGAAAGUACUAGCUCAUACUGCACUCAAUGUGACCCUUGCAGCCACCCAAGAAAGUUCUGUGAUAAUGAGAAGGUUGUCAGAAAUCCAUGGUUUGAAGCCUAUAGAGACUGCAGCAGUGCUUGAUUGUAUGGAGGAGAUUGGUGACGCUAUCCUUGAGCUUCAACAGUCCUUGGAUGAGCUUGGUCAUGUAGUUAGAGGCUCAAAUUUCUGGUUUCAAAUGAGUGAUAUUCAAACAUGGGUUAGUGCUGCGUUGACAGAUGAGGACACCUGCAUGGAUGGGUUUGAAGAGCAUCAUCUGAGAGGCAGGGUGGAGGCUGUUGUCCGUAGGUACACAGUGAAUGUUGCACAUCUGACAAGCAAUGCUUUGGCACUCAUCAACAGCUAUGCCUCAUCUAAAGCUGCCUUGCCUUAGAUUCUGUUUGGUUCUCUGGAAAGGUAUAUAAGGGAAACAAAUUUUCUUGGCACUCAAGAAAAAUAAGCCCCAAUAUUUUGGUCUCUUAGCUGCUGUCAAAUCCAUGUAAAAACCUGAUGGAAAACAUAAUCAUUUGAUAUAAAAGCUGCUAGAAAUGUGAGGGUGGGAAGUUGCUUUUGGAUUACAUGUGUGUGAUCGAGUGUUCUAGCAAAGAAGAUCAACUCAAUGUUUUUGUAGAAGUCAUUUCCUUUUGGAUUGUGGAAUAUUGGGAUGUAAAUAGCCAGAUAUAUACCACACCUGAAUGAAUAUAGCUGUAAGUUUUUUGGGGGUAUUUAUUUUA